AUGUCGUCCACUCCACGAGCUUCAGCCCUUACCACCACUUCUUCUUCCUCAACUGUAAACGAACCUCGUUCGCUAAACCGUCAAGUCAUCCUCGACGAAGACGAAUACACCGCCGCCCUCUCCCAAAUCAUCGCCCGCGACUUCUUCCCUUCCCUCGUCCACCUCGACGCCACAAACGACUACCUCGACGCUCUCAACUCCAACGACCCCAAUCUCAUCACCGCCUCCGUUCGUCGACUAGAACAACUCAACGACAACGGCACCACGCCCGGUCCUUCGAGUCGUCGGACUCACACCACACGCAACAGGCCAUGGCAGACUCCGUCCGAGACGCCUUAUGCUGCUGGGACCUCGGAGACGCCACUACAUACACCCCGAACCGAGGUAGGAGAUAUGGAUGUUGAUGGGCUGGAUGGUCGACCGUCUAAACGCGCACGCUAUGAUACGGACCUCUCGCUCGAUGCGUUUCAAUCGCGAUACACCUCGGAAGACAACUCGAGCUUUACGCAUAUAUUGCAUGAGGAGAAUAAGAGGCGGAAGGAGAAGUAUGGUUGGGCUUGGGAGGCGCAGAGGAAGGUGGAGGCGAUGAGGGAGAGGAUGAUCGAGGGAAGGGAAAGGGCGCUGCUGGAGGGUCCGAAGCAGGGUGAGGUGAUUGGAGUCAAAGAGAAGUUGAGGAUAGAGGCACCGGUGCCGCGAGGACUGAUUACUGCUGGUGCUGAGGGGUCAAAUGGUAAAGAAGGAGACGAGGGCGAAGGGGAACAGAGGAACGACGAUGGAGGUGACGGGGAUGACAAGGGUAAGCAGGUCAUUCUGAAAGCUGGCGAGGAGGAAGGCGUAGUGGAUGUUAUGGCCCCGAAGAAGGAUAAACGCUCGGCUGGUGUCGACGGUUGGUCUUUCAAAACCCGUAACAACUUUAUGUUCUCUCCCGAUGCCGACAUCUCCCCAUACGAUCCCUCGAGCUCUGCCUGGCGAGACUCCAAAUUGCAACCCGAUCCAAAGUUUAUCAAACAUGGGAACACACGCAUGCCUGAGCACGAGGAGUCACCGUCUUCACAUGUCGGUAGAGGAGCAUCUGAGCCUCCAAGCCCAACGAGGAGUAGGAUCGACGCUGCUAUCGCUGGAACACCUUACCGUCCCAAAUCACCCGGUGUCAACUCCUUCUCCUACGUCCCCUCCCUCCCCUCCCCUACACCCUCCCAACUCGGUCCCGCCGCCGUCAAACAACUCAUGACCCUCGGAACCCUCACCGGAACCCCACGCAUUCUCUCCCAACCCACCGAUCUCGCCGACAUGAUCGAGCCACCCACCCCAUUCCGUAUCAACGAGCCCUCAGCCCGCGAGAACCUAUCGCACAGACUAUCCAACACCGCAGCGAAGAGCCUACGUGCGAAAGCCAAUCUUCUGAACCGUAAGAGUGGCGGUGGCGGGCGCAGUAGCGGUGGCGCAGGUGUGGGAGGAAGGGGUGACAUGGCUCCUCCGUCGUGGACGCCGAAGAGAGCAGAAGCACAGGGAGGUCUGACGCCGGCUGCGAAGCGGUUAUUAGAUAGGACUACGAUGGGUUCUGCGGCGGCGAGGAGGGCGGAGGCGAUGAGCAGGAUGGCGGGGUGGGAGGGGUCAGGGUCAGAUAGGAGGACUGGGAAGGAGAAGGACUUGAACAGGGUGAGGUGGACACCUACGCCGAGUCCGGUGACGAGGAAGUGA